AUGCCACCACUGAGCCAGGCUGAUACCCAAUUUCCAGACCGAGUGGCUAAAAUUGAGUCUCAUCCAUUCAACACUGAAGGGGAAUUGAAUACAGAGCCAUAUUAUCAGAUCUCUAUCUCUGAGAGCUUAGCCAACCCUCUUGUCUCUUAAAUCGCAGGCUUCGGGAUGACCACCCCCGCGACGGUGGCGGGCAAAGUCUUUCUGAUAUUCUACGGCCUUUUGGGGUGCGCGGGAACCAUCCUCUUCUUCAACCUCUUCCUGGAGCGCAUCAUCACGCUGCUGGCCUUCGUGAUGAAGGCCUGUCACCAGCGGAGGGUGGGCAGCCACGGGCUGGUGCCUCCCAUCCUGCGCCGCGGUUCGGGCCUCUCGGACCCGGGGGGCCUGGCCGGCUGGAAGCCCUCAGUCUACUACGUCAUGCUGAUCCUAGGCGCGGCCGCCGUGGUGAUCUCCUGCUGCGCCUCGGCCAUGUACACCCCCGUGGAGGGCUGGAGCUACACCGACUCCCUCUACUUCUGCUUCGUCACCUUCAGCACCAUCGGCUUCGGGGACCUGGUGAGCAGCCAAGGGGAGGACUACCCCAACCAGGGCCUAUACAGGUUCGCCAACUUCGCCUUCAUGUUGCUGGGCGUCUGUUGCAUCUACUCGCUCUUCAACGUCAUCUCCAUCGUCAUCAAGCAGUUCCUGAACUGGCUGCUCAGGCAGAUGGAAUGCAGCUGCUGCCCCAGGUGCCAGCGGGGCAAGAUGAGGACGGGCAGACGUAAUGCCAUCACCCCCGGGCAGUCUCGCGUCCGCCGCGGCAGGGUCCUGCUGGACGGGGACGGACCCUACGAAAGCGACACCGAGGGCAGGCGUCUCUCAGGAGAGCUGAUCUCCAUGAGGGACCUGACAGCCUCCAACAAGGUGUCGUUGGCCAUCCUCCAGAAGCAGCUGUCGGAGACAGCCAACGGCUACCCCCGGACGGUUUGCAUCAACACCAAGCAGAACGGGCUGUCGGGGGGGGUGGGGGCUUUGGCCAUCAUGAACAACAGGCUGGUGGAGACCAGCGAAACCAGGUGAAACGAACCAGACAAACCACACAGACUUGGAGUCGCCUCCCAACGG